AGUUCCUACGCGCUAGUGUGUUGUGAGUAGGUGUAGGGGUGGUGCCUGAGUGUGGCUGUGGUCGCGGACAACUGAAGCGGACCAAAACAGGAGAACAGCAGGAGAGGCAAGCAUCCUGUAGAAACGUCACCAAGACAGCCUGAAGGAAGAGUAGUAAAACGGCAGUCGAAGCGGCCAACCCAAAGAAAGCGUGGAAAUCCGGCAGACAAGGCAGGCAGCCUGAAGGAAGAAUGAUAAGACGGCAGGCGAAGCAGCAAGCCUGAAGAAGGGGUAGCAAGUAGGCAGGAAAGGCAAGCAGCCUGAACCAUGGAUGAGGACCUGCGGCCUCAUUCCCUCCUUCUCGAGGACCUGCUCAGCCUGACGCAACCUGCCAGGAAUCUGCUGCAGGCUGGUCUGGUGUUCGCCGUUCACCACAUGAACGGGCAGAGUAGACACGCAAGAUUCAGCCUCCAAGACGACCACCUGUUCCUUCACUCGCUGCAGGAUGAAGUUCCGCCACCGGGCGCUGUCACUGUGACGAUGCAAGAGGUGGUGCCUGACGCUUUUCCCUACGAGGUGUUCCUGGAUCUGGCGUGGCCUGGCACUUCCCCAAGGCGGGUAGUGGUGCGUCUGAGCCGCGACACCCCACGGGGUCGACAGUUCCUGCUUCUGUGCACGGGGCAGCGGGGGAGCUGCUACGCCAACACCAGACUUCUUAAGCCCCCGCUGUUGCUACUGUUGCUGCUGCUGCUGCUGCUGCUGCUGCUGCUGCUGCCGCUGAGGGGCAGGAAUAGAAAACACUGCAGCAACUACUGUUGACAUUUACUGCCACUCAAAGCCUCACACCUCCAAACAACAACAACAACAACAACAACAACACAGAGGAGGAGGAGGAAGAGAAGGAGGAACAGGAAGACCACUAAAACUCUCUUUCUAAUUCACUCACUUUUGAAAUAGUCGUUGGCUUCAUUCUUGAGCUCCUCGGCCGCCAUCCUCGCUGUAAUUAGAGAGAGAGUGUGAGAAGAAUUAGAGAAGUGAACUAGCUCACACGUUGUCUCUCUCUCUCUCUCUCUCUCUCCCUCUCUCUCUCUCUCUCUCUCUCUCUCUCUCUCUCUCUCUCUCUCUCUCUCUUGGUGUUGGUCUUAAUGUUGCGGAGCUGCGAUGAGCUUAUGGAGAUGAUACGAGCCCUGGCGGAGACGUAUGAGGAUAUCACAGGUGUGGUAGUGUCCUGUCUUCUUCAGGAAGGCGCAGGUGAGGUGAAUGACGAAGGUCGUUUGGAGGGGACAAUGCCUGCUGUGGCGAGUAGGGUGGCCAAGUCAAAGGUGGUGACGCCUAGAGCUUAGAGGAUGGCCCAGUGGGAGUGGAGGCGCGGGCACUGCAGCAAGGAGUGUUGUAUGGUCUCGGGGAGGAAGAGGCACCAGGGGCAGUGUGGAUCGAGGGAGUGGUUCUUGUUCUUGUUGGGGAGUUGUGGGUCUUGCAGGCUGUGGUGCCACAGCCUCUAAUGCCCCGAAGGUGCUGAUCGCAGGCAGAUUAUCUGGUUAGAUUCUGGUAAGGUGUCCAGUCUUCUGAAGGAAGACCCUGGUGUGCUUGAGUGCCUUGAAAAACAGGCUAGGGUCUUGUCAGCCACCAAGUAGGUCUGCUAAUGAUGGCCUGUUGAUGUUAAGUGAUGUCAGUGAGUGGAGGAGAGCAGUGUGGUGAGAGUGGUGGCUGGGGCAGUGUAGCAGCAGGGGUUCUGGGGUGUCUGGCUGUGUGGGGCACCAGGGACAAUGAGGAGUGUCCGCUAGGUCUAGCCCGGGCAUGUGGGCAUUGAGGCGGCUGUGUCCUAUCCUGAGUCUGGUGACUGCAGUGUCUAGGACACGGCUAGGGGAGUGGGUCCACCAGUGGUGUCGUGUGUUCUGUAUGAUACGUCCAAGUGUUGUGUACUGUAGGGUGUCUGUCAGAUGCCUUUCCCGGUGUAAGUUGCAGUCAACCGUACGUUGGUUAGUAGGUCAGUCUGGUCAAAAUUACAAUAAAACAGAAAUGCUAAGAUAAUGAGGGAUAAAACAUAAUUUCAAGCUAAUAACAUUGGCUACUCACUAAACUGAUGCUUACAAAGAUGGAGGCACAGCUGUUUCUUAAAUGAGCGCAGUGAGGGUGCGUUUCUAAUGUCGCAGAAGAGGCUGUUCCAAAGUGUGGGCCCAGCCACCAGCAUGGAGCACGCCCCCGUACAAGUGUUAUUUAUUGGCACAUAUAGUUGAUGGCGUUGUCUGGUGGCAACAGUGGACACUUCACUGACUAGUGACAUGUGAAAUAUAGUUAAGAGAGCUCCUCCCAGUUACACUGAACAUCAAAGUUCCCAUUUCAAACAUAUACUUUUGUUUUAUCUUUAACCAUCCAAGCUCUGUCAAGAAUGGCGUAACGUGUCCAUGCCUUGCAGCGCCACCAAGAGCGACUUUAGCAGCAAAGUUUUGCAGUUUUUGUAUUUGAUGCAUGAGUGUUUUGUUGGUAGUGCCCCACACCUUUAUUCCAUAAUUAAGGAUACUAAGGACAAGUGACUGUAUCACUAUUACUCAUGCACUUUUACUGAAGUUGUCCUUUAUUCUAUUAAUAUAAAUUACGGUACUAAAAAUCUUGCGCCUUAUCUUAUUUACGUGUGAGUCGAAAGUCAUAUAAGGAUCGAAAUACACGCCCAGAUUUUUGAGAGGGCUGCCGGGAACUAUGGUGGCGCCGUCAACCCGUAAGGAAGUGUUGGGCAGAAUCUGUGACACGAGUCCCCUGCUGCCAACAAACAUACAUUGAGUCUUUGUAUUCAAUAGUAGACCAUUUGAAUUAAAGUAAUCCAAUUUUUGGAGUAGAGAUGGUGAUGCCGCUCCAUAAACCUCACAUCCGUAGUCCUAGCGAUUCCGGAUAUAAGAAGAGUAAAAGCGGAGAAGAGUACACCUGUCUGCGCCUCACUUGAUACCUGCGAGGGACUUCAUGUGGUUAAAAGCCUCUUGAAGCAUGAGGUCACCAGGUAUUGUACGUGGCGGUCCCAGGUUAGGCGGGGGCCAUCCAAUAGUAAACCAAGAAAUUUUUUGUGUUUUGAAGGGGACUGGAGAGCCAUUAAUGGCGACCACUGGGAUGUUAGGAAUACGCCUUCGGAUGAAGCACAGAAGGCUAAACUUUUGUGCACUCACUGUCAGGCCCCAACUCAUUAUCCAUGAAUGGAUGUCAUCAAGCCCCUGCUGAAUGAUGGUUGAAUCGAGCCUCCUGGAUAAUGGGAGCAGAACAAAGCAAGGAAAUGUCAUCAGCGUAUAGGAGUGCCUGUGUGUAUGGCGAGGAGGGAAAGUCAGAAAGUAAGACAUUGAAGAGGAGAUGAAUGAGAGAGCCUUGUGGGACACCUCAGGUGACAGGCUAAUACCUAGAGUAGGUAUUGCCUAUCACCAGGCAGAAGGACCUAGAAGACAGGAAGGAUUUAACCCAAUUAAGGGGGUACCCUCUGAGUCCCAGGCAGGCGAGUUUUAGAACAAUGGUGUUAUGUGGAGUCAAAAACACCUUUAAGAUCAAGAAAGGCAACCUCGAGUUGUUUGGGAGUGAGGGAAAGGUCAGAUAGUGACAGUGGCGGUGGUGUAAGUGAGUGAGUGAGUGUGUGUGUGUGUGUGUGUGUGUGUGUGUGUGUGUGUGUGUGUGUGUGUGUGUGUGUGUGUGUGUGUGUGUGUGACAUCUUAGUUUUUUUGUUUUUUUUUGCAACAGAGAUAAACAAUAUUAUGAGAGAACGAGAGAGAGAGAGAGAGAGAGAG